ACCAUGGCUUGAGUAAAUGCAUUUCAAAUGUAAGGAGAAAGUCUUGACGAAUAGUCAACUAGUCAUGGUUCCUUUGUUACAAAUUAUAAAUAUGGCCGUCCCAAAGCUUCAUUGUAAUUAACAAAGGGUAUUACCACUUUUGAUUAUUUGAAUCAAAUGUCUAUGUUUCACUCUAUUAGUUUCAUCUAUGCUACUUCUCUGCUUUUCUUUUGUACAGUUUCGUUUGCAUUGCAAACAAGUCUAAACUCAUCUCAAUCUCUCAGAGAUGGGACAACUUUGCUUUCCGAUUCUAAAACAUUUGAGCUGGGAUUUUUCAGUCUAGGCAGCUCAAAGACUCGUUAUCUUGGAAUUUGGUACUAUGACGUCCCAGUUAAAACCAUCGUUUGGGUUGCAAACAGAUGCAAUCCUAUUAAUGAUUCUUCUGGCUUGUUGAGGAUUAAUAGUAUUGCUGGCAGUCUUGAACUUUUGAAUCGAAAUAAGAGUGUCGUUUGGUCGAUCAACUCAACCAAACAAUCUAAAAAACCAAUUCUAGAGCUCUUAGAUUCUGGAAAUCUUGUCCUAAACGAUGGAGAAAACAACUUGUGGCAAAGCUUUGAUCACCCUUCUGACACAUUUUUGCCUGGGAUGAAAAUAGGAUGGGACUUCAAGACAGGUCUUAAGCGGAGUUUAUCAGCUUGGAAGAAUAUGGAAGAUCCUUGUCCUGGAGAUUUAAGUUAUGGCUUUGAGUUAAAAAAUAACUCGUGCCCAGAAAUUUAUAUUCUGAAGGGAACUCGAAAAUAUUAUCGCUCGGGGCCAUGGAAUGGCGUUCGUUUCAGUGGUGUACCAGAAAUGCUCGAGACCAAUCCAGUGUAUAAUUUCUCUUAUGUCUACAAUAAUGAUGAAGUGUAUUUCACGUUUUUUAUCAAGAUUAAGAAUGUGACGUCAAGGAUAAUUCUGAAUCAAACAACUAGUACUCGUCAACGGUUAGUUUGGUUGAAUCAGAAGUGGAAUGUUUAUUCUAUAUCCCCAGAAGACGACUGUGAUAAAUAUAAUCAUUGUGGAGCCAAUGGAAACUGUUCCAUGGUUAAUAGCAAUACAGUAUGCCAAUGUCUAUCUGGAUUCAAGCCUAAGUCUCAAGAAAAUUGGAAAGCAAUGAAUUGGUCUGAAGGGUGUUUAAGAAAUUAUUCUUUAAACUGCGAGAAUGUCAAAAAUCAUAAAUUUGUAAAAUUUGGUGGCUUGAAACUGCCAGAAACUACAAAUUCUUGGGUGAACAGAAAUAUGAGCCUCGGUGAAUGCCAGGCCAAAUGCUUGAGAAACUGUUCUUGCAUGGCUUAUUCAAAUUCAAAUAUUACAGGACAAGGAAGUCGCUGCAUAUUGUGGUUUGGUAAUAAUCUGUUUGAUAUUAGACAUCUUUCUACAAAUGGAGAGGACCUAUACAUCAGAUAUCCAGCUACAGAGAUAAUAGAUAAAGGUUCGGAUGGCCUGGUAGAAAAAGUAGUUGCAACUGUGGCUUCCGUUGGAAUUGUUUUCGGGAUGAUCCUCGCCUAUUGCAUUUGCAAGAGAAAAUUCUGUAAAGAUCCUUUUUCAUUUUUCAAAGUUUCUGGAAAAAGAUAUCUGGACAAGGAGAAAACAGAAGAAACGGAGCUUCCACUCUUUGACCUAGCUACUAUAGCUCAUGCAACUAAUGACUUCUCAAAUGAUAACAAGCUUGGACAAGGUGGUUUUGGAGCAGUUUUCAAGGGAACUCUAGCAGAUGGUCAAGAAAUUGCAGUGAAAAGGCUUUCAAAAAGUUCGGGUCAAGGGGUGAAUGAGUUCAAGAACGAAGUUAUACUAAUUGCCAAACUCCAACACAGAAAUCUUGUGAAGCUUCUUGGCUGUUGCAUUCAAGGAGAAGAAAAGUUGUUGAUUUAUGAAUACAUGCCAAACAAAAGCUUGGACUUUUUCAUCUUUGAUGAAACAAGAAGAAAUCUGUUGGAUUGGCCGAAACGCUUUGAAAUCAUAUGUGGAAUUGCUAGGGGAAUUCUCUAUCUUCACCAAGAUUCCAGAUUGAGGAUAAUCCAUAGAGACCUAAAGCUGAGCAAUGUGUUGCUUGAUAGUGAUUUGAUACCCAAAAUUUCAGAUUUUGGCAUGGCUAAAACAUUUGGAGGAAAUCAAACUGAAGGGAACACAAACAGGGUAGUGGGAACAUAUGGUUACAUGGCCCCGGAAUAUGCUAGUGACGGGUUAUUUUCUGUCAAAUCUGAUGUUUUUAGUUUUGGCAUAUUGGUGUUGGAGAUUAUAAGCGGAACUAAAAACAGGGGAUUCUUUCAUAAUGAUAAGACCCUUAAUCUUUCAGGACACGCGUGGACAUUAUGGAAAGAGGGAAGUCCUUUAGAACUGAUAGAUAAAUCUGUGGUGGAGAAGUGUACUCAAUCAGAAGUGUUGCGCUGCAUUCAUAUUGCUCUUUUGUGCGUUCAACAGCGGCCUGAGGAUAGGCCGACCAUGUCAACUGUGGCAGUAAUGUUGGGAAGUCGUAACGCAUUGCCUGCACCAAAACAGCCAGGUUUCUUCAUGGAAAUAUCGAAGCUUGAUCAAGAAAGUUCUUCAAAACAUAACCAAGAAUCUAUUUCAGCCAAUGAUUUUACAAUUACUCAAUUGGAAGCUCGAUAAGCAUUUGUGCUGAUCUAAGUUUAUGUUUUGUGCUCGCUCAGUUUAUGUUUGUGGUGUUACGAUUACUCAAGUUUUUGGGCAUGUUUAGUUAGCACUAGUUUUUAUUAUUACCAAAAGUAAACUCUAUGAAAUCACUUUGCUGUAUACUUUUCUCAUUAUGAAGAUGCACUUGAAUAAGUGAAUUAUAUUUCCUGGA